AUGUUGAUACUCGCCGGAAAACUCCUCUUUUCGUUCUCUUUUAUUUUCAUAUACUUUAUCACUACCAUCACCUUAGCUCAACCCGAUUUCAUUUCCUAUUUCUGCGAUAGUGCUGCUAACUAUACAGUAAACAGUACAUACCAAAGAAAUCUCGACACCACCCUCACCGUCCUCCCCACCACCAACUCCGGCUUCGGUUUCUUCAACCGUUCCACUGGAGAAGGCAACGACAGAGUUAACUCAGUCGCCCUUUGUAGAGGCGACGUCAAUCCAGCUGUUUGUCGCAGCUGUCUGAAUGACUCCGUUGUUAAGUUGCGAGAUAUCUGCCCUAAUCAAAAGGAAGCAAUAGGAUACUACGACAACUGUUUGUUGAAGUACUCCAAUGCGACAAUAUUGGGAAGCACUGCGAUAAGGUUUUAUGUGUUUUCGGCUGAGCCUAAUAACGCGUCAAAUAUUGAAGAGUUCAAUAGUGCCCUUAGACCAUUAAUGGAUGGCCUGAGAACCAGGGCGGCUUCCGGUGGUCCGUUACUGAAGUUUGCCAGCGGAAACACGUCGGGGCCUGCUUUCACAACGAUCUAUGGGCUUGUGCAGUGUACACCAGACUUAACAGAGAUCCAAUGUAAUGAUUGUUUGGAGGGUGCCAUUAAUCGCAUCGGGAUUUGGUUUAAUGGGAGAGUAGGGGGGAGAAUUUUACUACCUAUGUGUAAUUUCAGGUAUGAUACAAGUCGGUUUUUUAAUGCAACUACUCCAGCCAUCCCCCCACAACCAUCUUCGCCACCACAACCACAGAAUUUGCCGCCACCGCCACCGGGUAUGAAUAGUCUUUUCAUUAUAAACUUCAAAGUUCAAACAAAAUCAGUUGACUUUGACCUAAUAAAAGCACAAUGGCGAGAAAUAUUCAAAUAUUUACACACGUCUUUGUCUGCCUAA